AUGACGGAGUUCGCUCUCACGCACAGGCCAGCGAGCGUUCCGGCUCCCACGCGUCUUUCGCCCCUCCGCCGCUGUUCUCUCUGUCUCCUCCAUUGCUGCCUGCUCCUCCUCCACCCUCUCCGCGUCUUUGCCUGCCCUCUCCACCCCCCUUACCUUGUCUCCACCCGCCCUCUCCGCCCUCAAUCCCUUCCGCGCCCACCCUCUGAAUGUGUUAACGCGUCUACACGGACCCUCUCUGCGUUAACGCGUCUCCGCCCACCCUCUCUACCCCCUCAACUCGUCUCCGCCCGCCCUCUCCUCCUUCAAUCCCUUCUACGCCCGCCCUUUCCACCCUCUCCGCGUCAACGUCAAUGCGUACCCUCUCAACACGUUAACGUGUUAACACACGCCCUCCACGCAUCCGCCCUCUCCGCGCCCUCUCCGCAAAUACGCGUAUCCGCGCUCCCUCUCCGCACGCCCCCUCUCCCUCUCCGCACGCCCCCUCCCCAGCCUCAAUCCCCUCCGCACCCGCCAUCUCCACCCCCAACGUGUCUCUGCGCUCCUUCUCCGCGCGUCUGCCCUCUCCGUGCGCCCUCCCUCUCUGCGUAUACACAUUUCUGUGUAUCCGCAUAUCGCGCGCCCUCUCCACCCGCCCUCUCCGCGUAUACGCAUCCUCCGCGUAUCCGCACACCGUCUCCGCGUCUCCAUCCACCUCCUCCACCUCAAUUCGCACCAGACCAUGUAGUGCCAUUAUAA